ACAGCGCGUGCCUGCCAACGAGAGCAGUCGUCGGCCAUGCGCAGAGCCGCUCACCGAGCCCAGCGUGGCUUCAGCGCAGCUUUUCCGGCAUGCACUUGUCAGCAUCGUGCCGUCUCGACAGUCUCGCCAGCCGACGUGACUCGGCUCCAGCGACAGGGCCAAGUACCACCCAAAGAUUUCACUGCACCCUCGGCAGGCUCAGAUGCUCGCAUGCUUCCCGAUCAGGACAUCCGCAAGAGCGAUCCCCUGCGAAGUCUCAAGGGGAGCAAGUCGCCACCCUACCUGCCUAGACCCGUCGGCGUGCUCCAUCCUCCCACGACGGUACCCAUCACAAAAGAGCAAGCUCAAGAGAGGCUGCUUUCACAAGAGCGACGUAUGAAGGAGCGCCGGCAUCUAAUAGAAGAAGUCGGCAAAGGCUACUUCCAGGACAUGAACGAGAUUCGCUGGCACGGCGGCAAGCUAUGGCUCGGUCCCCCCACGCUCAUUCGCGCAGACAAAUCGCUGUACUUUCCGAACAUACAAGGCAUCGCGUUGAGCACAAAAGGCCAGCGGCAUACGACAGACUUACUGACCGACAAAGUCUCUUUGCUUGCUAUAUUGAGCACUCAGGUCUCUGCAGAACACGUUCAGACCUAUGUCGAGCCUGUUCUCGAGCAAUUCCAGGCCGAGCCGAGAUUCCAGGUCGUGCAGAUCAAUCUGCAAGAGAACAAGCUCAAAUCGUUCUUGGUGUCGAUGUUCCUGUCGACGCUUCGCAAAGCCACGCCGGAGCAUCUACAUGAUACCUAUAUCCUGUCACAUCAAGACAUGGAGUACCUCCGCGAGCCGCUGGGCAUGAUGAACAAGCACCUUGGUUAUGUCUAUCUCAUAGAUGACCAGUGUCGGAUCAGGUGGGCUGCUGUCGAUCUGGCUUCGCCUACUGGCAGAGACGGCAAGGGUGCUGGGGAGGUAGCCAACCUGCUCUCCUGUAUUAGAGCUCUGCUAGCGCGAACCAGAUAAGCCGUGGCCGAGAAAAGUGAUCGACAUGGCACGCGUUUUGUCAAUUUUGCUU